AUGUCGUCUUUAUUCGCCUCUUCUUCUUCUUCUUCUUCUUCUUCUCGUCCAGCGGUUCGUUUUGGACAACACAAACCCACGGGGAAAAGAAGAUGUGAGUCAGCAGCGGCGAUAAAGAUACGGUCGGAAAACGAGGACAUGAAGCAUCCUCAUCCGCUCUCUCCGUGCGUUUCAGAGUUGAGCGGUACCAGGAGGUAUCAACAACAGUACCAGUUUCACGAAAACGCGGACGGUGCGACCAUGCGAUAUAUGGAUAGGUCGUUCCAACUCUUGGGAAAAUUCGUCCCACCAGCGGGUCUGUUGUGCCUCGUGUCCAUGUUUUGCGCGACGGUGUUUAGCGUUUUUUUUGCCGCUUUGUACGUGUUUAAAGAAGUCGUUUCUGCGUGCAGAAACGUGAUGAACGCGUGUCAGGCGGUGAUACGAUCGGCGGAUGCCAUCGAGAGGGCGUGCAGCUCCGUGACGACGACGACGGCGAAUUUGGAUACCACGACGGGGAAGAUUGACGCGACGGUGGUUAAGAUUGACGUGUUGAGCGAAAGCGCGACGAAGGCGUUGUCAGAUGCCGGAGUGAUUCAGAAACGGGUCGCGGAUUUACCGAAAGAUGCGAGCAAUACUUUGUUGGAUGCGAUUAGCGCGGUGAGCGUUCCAGUCAAUCAGAAGUCUGUGUUGCCGAGUAAAGCGGAGUCGUUGGUCGGGACUUCUUCGCCGGAGGAGGAGAAUGCGAAUAAGAACACGAACACGAGCAUUUUAGGCAUGAAUAUCGACGGUAGACGAAUUGGCGCCGGUUGGAUUGGUAGCGAUAAUAAUUACAGAUUCCACUUUUCUGCGACAAACACUUUUAGCGUAGGCGAGUACGUCGCCGUGAAGCGAACGAAUAAUUUAUACACGUGGGGCGUCGUGGAGAAUAACGAAAACACGGAUCCGUCGUGCAUGCCGGACGCGAAUUGUCCGGUUGAUGAGAGCGUGGAUGCGGAGAAAACUGGUGCGACGUGCGAUUGGCCGCCGAAGAAAGAGGACGCGGUCGGUGUAGACGGAGGAAGGGGAGGAGGGGGAGCCGAGCGAGAUUCGUUCAAAGAGGACGAGUUGAACUUCUUCGAGCGCGUGAAAAAGUUUGCGUUACCGACCGGUUUGGCGCCUGGACAAGUCGAAAAAGAAUACAGAGUUGUCGUCGAAGUUUCCGCGACAGUGUAUCGGUAUAAAAUUGUCCCCGCUUCAGAAUUAGGCAAGCGUUACUAA